AAAGUCUGUACUCAAGAAAAUGAGGAUUAGUUCAGCCCACAAGGAAGAAUGAGGCCAACAGAGAGAAGACAAAAAUGGAUUUCAUGGAGGGUGGUUGCCCUCUCUGAUUGGCCUAUGAUUUCUCCGCCCGAUCAAACCAACAACCCUCCUUGUAAAAUUUCCAAAAAAAAAAGAAAAAAAAUUAUUACUUCCUUCGUUUCAUUUUACUUUGGUUUUGAAAACUGUCCACAAAUUGCUGUACAAAAGAUGGAAAGAGGCAGUGAUGAUAUAUUUCUGUGAUGAUUCUGGGCUGAAAUUUGGGGCAUGGAGAAAAACCCGAUUCGUAUCUUGGCGGGGCAAAACCCGGGUCAUUUUUGCAGCCAUGGCGUUGUCGUCUUCUUCUCCUCUUUGCCACCAUUUUACACAGAUCUGAGCCUCAAUUUCAAAUCCGGAUCUGGUGGAAACCCAGUUCAUUUUAGCUCAAAAGAGUGAGGCAAUCGAAGAAAAAUGGGGAUCUUUUUCAUCUCCGGUAUGUCAAUGAUUUUUGCUUUGCUCCUUUUAGCUUUUGGUGUAAUUUCCUGGAUUUUAAGGGUUUGUAUAAAAUUGCAUGUUUUAGAAACUGAAAUUAUACGAAAAUAUAAACUAAUGUCUCUCGAAAAAGUUGUUUGUUACGAGAACUAUAUUAAAGACCAACACAAAAUAGGGGCAAAAGUGCGAAUAAUGGAAGCUCAGCCCAGUAUGAAAAAUGAGGCCAACAGAGAUAAAGGGAAGUUCGUUGGAGGGUGGUUGCCCUCUCUGAUUGGCCUAUGAUUUCUCCUUUAACCAAAUCAACAACCCUCUACAAAAUUGGAAACAAGAACCAAUGUUUGUUGCCAUUGCUUUCAAUGGUGGCGAUGUGAUGCUGAUGGCAGUAGUACUAUUCAAUUUUCUGAUUAUUCUGAGCUACAUUUAGUUGCACGGUCAUAAGUUCUUUAAGGGCGCAUGGUAAAAGUGCAAAUGAUCCUCUGAGCUAAGGUCGGGUUAUGCUUUAAAGCCACUUAAGAUAAGUCCAAUCCAAACAGGCUCUUGUUAAAUUUUUCUUGUUAAGGUUGUUCAAACGGGCUCUUAUGGAAAAGUUACCAUUUUUUAGGCAGUGAUGAUAUUUGCUAAUUUGGGCUGAUGUUUGGGGCAUGGAGAUAAUCUGACCUGUAUCUUGGCAUGGCAAACCAGGAUGGCUUGUGAUUGAGUCUUCUCUUUCACAUGCAACAGGUUCUUUUGCAGCCAUGCCGGUUGUUGCCUUCUCUUUGCCCCAAUUUUUUGCAGAUCUGAGCCUCAAUUUCCAACUAAUCCAACUGGAUGUCCCAGGACUCGAAGAGUUCUGAACCUAAAUGCUGAAGAAACUCUAUGUAUACAUACACACACACAAACACACGUCAUGAGAAAAUGUCAAAAAUAGUCCCUUAUCGGGGCAGUGACGAUCUUUCAAUCUAUCCUCUUGAGCUAGUAAUUGAGCAUUGAGAGUACCCGGACGGUAUCUUGGCGGGGCAAUGACCCCGAUGCCUGUGAUUUUGUUGCAUGCAACUUGAGAAUAUUUGCAGUCAUGGCGUGACUGGACUUUCUUUGCCUGAGCAUAAAUAUGGAUCUGAGCCUCAAUUGUCACUUACGGGUGUAUUUGGUAUGGAGGGAAUAUUUAGUGAACACUAUAAUAAAAGAGACAUUUAGUGGCGACAUUUAAUUGCAAAUUGCCCUAGACCCCACUUGUGGGAUUUCACUGGUUAUGUUGUCGUUGUUGUAUUUAAUUGCAAAUUGAGUAAAUGCCAUUGCAUCUAGAGUUGGUAAAGUCUUAAGCGGCAUUUAUAUAGAGUGAUGGUUAUAAAUGCUCAUAUUAUAUUAUUGCCGCUGAAUAAUUGCCACAAAAUCCUUUGUUUGUUGUUGUAGAAUCAGCCCUAAAGUGGCUACCUUGUUUACAACAACAUACUUAGUAUGAUCCCAUUGUGGUCUGGAAAGUGUCUACCUUGUGUCAUUUCUACAAAUAAGACUUUCGACAUGAGGCUGUGAUGAUUUUCAUUCUUUACUCAUCAGAUGGUUGAGCUUCACUAUAUCUUGGCAUGGCAGCUUUUGGGGGGUCUUGUGAGAUAUUGGAGCUAUUUGGGUUUCUGCCUCUCACAAAGAUUCCAAGCUUGCAGCCAUUGUGGGGUUUUAGCUCAUGUUUGAGAAGGUGAAUCUGAGCCUUCCAAAUCUCUGUUUGUGUUGAAAGAAUGAGGCUCUUUAUGCUACUCAACUUAUGCUGCAUAACUUAAUACCUACGGACUUUAUGCCGAGCAAGACAAAAAUUCUAUAAACUUAUGCAGAGGCAAAACCUCCUGAUUUCGGGGCAAUACGUGCAAAAACUUGUUACUUUAAUGCAUUGAGAAAAUCUGACCCGUAUCUUGGCAGCGCGACCCAGUAUAACAUCAUCUGUAAACUGGGUCUGCAGCCAUGGCGUUGUCCCUUUCUCCUUGCAUGUUCAUAUACAACAAAAUAUGAACACUAAAGUCUAUGGUAAAUUUCUCAAAUGGUCACUCAACUCUACUCAAUGAGGGCUCUCAGGAACCUGAAUACCCUACAGGGUUCAGUCCGAGCAACAUAGAAUACGUUCAAUGAGGCAAUGAAGAUGUUCAUUCUUUAAGAAUCAGAUAGUUGAACUUUGUUAUAAAUUGGCGUGGCAGCUCAAGGGUCUAUCAGAUAAGGGAACUAUAUUGGUUUUCAUCUCACUAGGCUAUUAAUGCUUGCAGCCAUGGCAUAGUUUAGCUUUCCUCUGAGGAAAAGCAAAUCUGAGUCUCCCAAGUAUCUAUUUUGUUCAGAGAAUGAGUCUUUUUAUUGAUCUCAGAAAUGGUAGAGAUUUUCUAAGGGUGGUUACUCUCUUUCUCCUAAGUUCACGUUUGCCAAUGAAUUUUCUUAUGCUUUUGUUAUAAAUAUAAAGUUUAACAGCCCUUUCAAUAAGCAGAAUGCUCUUGAUGAUGAUGAUAUGAUUAUGGUAAUAAUAAGGGAAAAUACAUAUCUUGGACCUUUAACUUGUCCGGGAAACCCCAAAUUCUCAAUCAUAAACUUUUUGAAUAAGGCUGUGAUGAUAUUCUCCCGGAAGCUUGGAAAUCAGAUUUUUGAGCUGAUUCAUUUCUUGGCUAGGCAAAGGCAAGGGAAUUUGUGAGGGUGCUUUUUGCAGCCAUGGUGGUUUGGCUCUUUUUUCUAAUUGAUUUUCACUCAAAUCUGAGCCUUUUUUCUAUUAAAGUAUAGUUCUACAAUAUUUAGUCUUCCUCUUCCGUUCUUCGUACUAGCAGUUCAUAUCAGGAAGAUUCCCCUUUGAGAAAGAAACUUUUUAUGUAUCCAUCUAUAUAAGUUCCAGAAAUUGUUAGAUACUGAUAUGAGACAAGUCCAAAGGGAAUGGAAGUGAAUAUUGAGGAUCCAUAUAUUGUUGCUGCAUUUAUUUUUUUAAUCAAGAUUUGUUGGUGCAUUUAUCUACCCAAUAUUCAAACUUUCAUCCUUGUUUUACUCUUGAAUGCUCCAAGUUUCUGAGGCAGUGAAGAUUAUUCAUAAUGAAAAUGAAAAGUGAAGAAAAUUAGAGUUGAUCUGUGGCCUGGCUUGGCGAGUUCAAUCGGAAGGUCUCAUAAGGCAACUGUUGCUUGCAACCAGGGCAUUGUUCAAACUCUGUUCUUCCUUUUCUUUGAUUAAAUAGGCGAAAAUCUGAGCCUCAUAAGAGACUUUGUUCAUUUACUUUUUGUUUUUGUUUUUACUAGUCUUUCUGGAAAGAGAUUUAGAUUACCAUCAGUGUGGAACCACCGAAAUCAACAAUUCCAGCUGCCAACGCCAAAAGCCAAAGAAAAAAAGAUGUUUCUGCAUUGAGUACAUGCAUUUGUUAUCUUGAUUUGGUUGACGGAAAUUGGAUCCUCCGCCUACAUGAAAAGAUGAAUCAUUGACUUUGAGGUUUGGUUGAAAUGGAUCCGAGGUUUAAUGGAAAUCCGAGUUCUUUGAAUAAUUUUCGAUUAGGGAACCAACCAUUACCUUUUUCUUCAGAUCAGAGGAUGGUUAAUGGACCAAGAUUUGAACUUGUUUAUUCAGAUCAUAAGCUACUGAAUGGUCCUAGACAUGAAAAUAGCUUUGUCCAACACAAUUUUGGUGCUAUUGGAUUUAUAAGUGGUGACCAUUUACCGACUAAUAUAGAAUCAAGAACUGACCUUGGCAUUGAGGACGACUUCAAUGAAGAUGUUGAUUUCUCGGAUGCAGUUUUGAGCUAUAUAAAUCAGAUGCUAAUGGAAGAAGACAUGGAGGACAAGAAAGAUAUGCUUCAGGAGUCCUUGGAACUUCAAGCCAAAGAGAAGUCACUCUAUGAGGCCCUUGGUAAGAAGUAUCCGCCAUCACCGGAGCAAAACGUUUUUACUGAUUGGAACAGUGAGAGUCCUGAUGACUACUUCGCGGGAAGUAUAUACAAUUCCACAAGUAAUAUUGGUGACAGUAGUGGUUACCUAGUCAAUUCAAGGGGGGUCAACAUUUCCACUGACUGCAAUUCUUCUUACUUUGAAGGCCUUUCAUUUCAUAAUACCUCGUAUUCUUCAGUAUGCUCAUCAAAUAGUGGGAGUAAUGUUGUUGAUGGAUUCUUUGACUCUCCUGUUAGUUCUUUUCAUAUUCCUGAUAUAUAUGAUGAGAGUCAAUCUAUUUUGAACUUUCAGAAAGGAGUUGAAGAAGCAAGUAAGUUCCUCCCGACUAGUAAUAAGUUGUUGAACAGUGUAGAUAUAAAUGGCUUGCCACCUUGGGAGCUCCAAAGGCAAGCUGGUUAUGCAGCUUCUCAGGUGGAGGAAAAGGAUGAGGGAGAGACUUCACCAACUGAGGCGAGAGGGAAGAGAAACCCUCUGAGGGGUGAUAAUAAUAUCGAAGAAGAAAGGAGUAGCAAACAAGCAGCGGUUUUUACAGAAUCAACUCUACGAUCUGAGGAGUUUGAUAUCGUCUUGCUGAAUAGCAUGGGGAAGGGAGGAGAAGCACUAGAAGCUUAUCGACAAAACUUGAGGAAUGCUAAAAGCAAAACCGCAGUGCAGAUAUCAAAAGGAUCAAAAGGAGGAAAGGGCCGUCGGAAGAAACAGGGUGGAAAGAAGGAAGUCAUAGAUUUGAGAACUCUCUUGAUAAAUUGUGCGCAGGCCGUUGCUGCUGACGAUUCCAGGAUUGCGAAUGAACUUUUGAAACAGAUCAGACAACAUUCAUGCCCUUAUGGAGACGGAAACCAGAGAUUGGCUUAUUACUUUGCAGAUGGUCUUGAGGCGCGCUUGGCUGGCACUGGUAGCCAGAUUUACAAAGCCCUUGUCAAUAAACGAACAUCUGCAGCUGAUCUUUUGAAGGCCUACCAUUUGUAUCUAGCAUCUUGUCCAUUCAGGAAGAUCUCAAGUUUUGCUUCAAACAAGACAAUCAUGAUAAAGGCAGAGAAUGCAACAAGGGUUCAUGUCAUUGACUUUGGCAUUCUGUAUGGUUUCCAAUGGCCUACAUUCAUCCAACGUAUUGCAGAAAGAGAAGGGGGGCCACCAAGGCUUCGUAUUACUGGCAUAGAGUUUCCCCAACCAGGCUUCAGGCCAGCGGAACGGAUUGAGGAAACAGGUCGCCGUUUGGCUGAUUAUGCUCGGUCCUUUAAUGUUCCAUUUGAAUACCAUGCAAUUGCAAAGAAAUGGGAGACCAUCACAGUUGAGGAUCUAAAACUCGACAAGGAUGAAUUUCUUGCUGUCAACUGCUUGUAUCGUUUUAAGAACCUGCAUGAUGAGACUAUAGCAGUUGAAAGUUCAAGAACUGUCGUUCUCAAUCUCAUAAGGAAGAUCAAUCCAGAUAUUUUCGUCCAUGGUAUUCUCAAUGGGGCCUAUAGUUGCCCGUUUUUUGUCACACGGUUUCGGGAGGCCUUAUUCCACUUUUCUGCAUUUUUUGAUAUGCUUGAAACUAUUGUUCCCCGUGAGAUUCCAGAAAGAAGAUUAAUUGAGAGAGAGAUCUUUGGGAGGGAAGCCUUGAAUGUCAUAGCUUGUGAAGGGUGGGAAAGGGUUGAACGACCAGAGACAUACAAGCAGUGGCAAGCUCGUAUUCUGGGGGCGAGGUUUACGCAGAUACCUUUUGACCGGGAGGAAUUCUUGAAUAAGGCAGUAGAGAAAGUGAGGUUAGGAUAUCAUAGAGACUUUGUAAUCGAUGAAGAUAGCCAGUGGUUGUUGCUAGGGUGGAAAGGAAGAACAAUUUACGCCUUAUCUUGUUGGGAACCUGUGUAACCGGCUGCUCAGUGUCUUGAUACAGUAAUAAAGACUGCUUGCAAAAGUAACAAUAAGAUCAUUUGGUUGCUGAACUCUUCGAGUUUCUAAUAUGGACGGGGCUAAAUACUGCAGCAUACACUUCAAUAACCAUCUGAUAAUCGGAUAGGAUGAGGCUUCGGUGCAUGUUCUUGGUGAUGAUCAUCAGCAUACAAAACGAGGGAGUUGAAUUGAUUGAAUCGAUAUUCCAUAGAAGAAUGACGGAGACCAUAAAAUCGUUAGUUGAAGAGCUAGCUGACAAGCCAUUGCUGCACAGUGUGCAUCAGAUACGUAUUCUGGAAUUUUGUGAACUUGCAGUAUAUGUUAGUUUGUUCAAUAUACUUGUAGCCCUAUUUGAAGUAAAAUUGUAUACACUACUAGUUUUUUAUUUUUUUUACCAUGUGUAAUUUGACUGCAAGUAACUUAACCUGAUGGUAUACAAAAAUUAUGCAUUGUCAUAGUACAUUAAUUUAAACUACAGA